AUGUUUAUUAAAGUAAAGACCCUUACGGGGAAGGAAAUUGAAGUGGAAUUACAAGAGACUGAUCGUAUAUAUCACAUAAAGGAACUUUUAGAACAAAAAGAAGGUAUUCCACCUUCACAACAGAGACUUAUUUUCCAAGGUAAACAAAUAAAUGAUGAGGAUUCCGUUGGUGAUGCCAAGUUGGUAGAUGGUAUGCAAUUACAUCUUGUAUUGACUCUAAGAGGUGGUCAAUAA